AAGCCGGAAGUAAGUGUUAGUCACUCGCCAUUUUAGCCUGGAGAGGAUUUCCAAACGACUUUUUAAGUCUAUUUAACUCGUUUUUGGUCGAAAAUGGCUCAACCAGCCGAGCCCGCAGAGCAAACAGAACCACAGUUACAAGAGGUUCAGGAUGAAGAUGAAGACAACCCUAACUACAAAGUCCCUGAGAAAAAGGCUCUAGAUGAAAUGUUAAAACAGGAUAAAGAAGACGAAAGCCUGGAAAAGUACAAAAGGGAAUUAUUACAAGGUGGAGAGCCUGGCUUGGAACUCUACCCUGAUAGACUGAAUGCUGUCCCUGUAAAACUUGCCUUAGUCGUUGAGGGAAGGCCAGAUGUGGAAGUGGAUUUAUUAAAGGAUUUAGAGGAGAUCAAGAAAACCCAUCUUGUAAUAAAAGAAGGCACAACAUACAGGGUGAAGAUCUACUUUUAUGUCCAAAGAGAUAUUGUUACAGGGCUGAAAUACACUCAGAAUUUGUACAAAAAAGGCUUGAAGCAUAUCAAAGUUGACAAGAGCAACUUCAUGGUAGGAAGCUAUCCCCCCAGGAAGGAGAUUCAAAGCUACACGACACCUCCAGACGAGGCCCCUUCGGGAUUCAUUGCCAGGGGACAGUACAAAGUUGACAGCCAGUUUACGGAUGAUGAUAACCACAAUUAUCUCAAGUGGGAAUGGACAUUGGAAAUCAAGAAGGAUUGGAAAGAUUAAAUUUGCUGCUUUGAUGGGCCAAACUAAAGUACUACUCAAAAAAGUAUACGUAUUAUUUUUCGAGGUCAUGACAAAUUGGUGCACCUUGUGACAGGCUGAUUGCUUUCUGUGACGUGUAGGCUGACACGCGGGAGACCAAGAAGGAUUGCUGUUUUGCAACAAAGAAUUUGCACAUUGCUAAAAGAACUUUCUGCCCAGACUGACUAGCUUGCUAUACUUGGUUUGGCAACAUUUGGACUUCUCCUUAGGCUUCAUCUGUGUCUGUUUUAGGUCUGGCAAAAUAAACUCUACAUCAUUUUUCUAGCAGUUCAACUGUUUGCUUAGGUUGCAGCCAGACUUCUGUAAUAUGCAAGUUAUUUACAUUUUUUUAACCAUCUUCUAGCAAAAAAGUAUGUUUAUCCAGAAUAUUACACAGUUUGUCUUGGCUACACAAACCUGUCUCUGUAAUAGUUAAGCUGCUUCCUUCUUGUUUUUUUUUUUCUGCCUGUUAACGUAUUUUUGUAUCUGAUAAAAAUCUUUUCUUGGUUAAAUUAUGACAAAAUCAGAGUGACUUAUUUGUUCUGCCUUGUUUCUGUUAGAUGUACCGGUAGACUUGAUUAAAUUUGUAUUUGUAAAUUCUUGUAUUACAUAUGUGAACAUACAAUUUUGUUAAGUUUAAGCAUUGCUGAAACCCGCAGAGAGGCUUCCUGCUUCAGGACCAUGCAGGUGAUAGAUUAAUAUGUUAAUGUUGUGUGCUUUAGUUCAACUGUAUCUCAGUGACGAUUUACCAAUAUUUUAGUGAUAUUAAACGUUUAAAAUCCUGCCCAUGGGCAGACAGUUUGUUGCCAUUUUCGUUUCUUAAUUCAAGACCAGAAGGUUUUUGUGUUUAACUAUGGACCAAUCACCUGUUCUAUACACAUGUUUUUAAGAUGGCCUACCUGAUUGUGGUUUCAAAGUUGAAUUCCAUGCUUGUACAGGCUGGACUCUAGAAAAAUGGAUUUUAAUUUUAUAGGCUUGUCCACACUGUAUGGGAAUACACUGAUAACAUAGUGAACGUGUACUUGUAUUGUUAUAAAUGACGUUGUACCCCCUGCUUCAGGGACCUUGCAUGUUCUGGGGCAUUGUUUCUACUAUGGUCAAAGAUCUGGUUCACUGUGAUACUCGUAUACUGCUGUCUUUGCUGAGUUACUGUUCCACUGGUCUUCAGUGUGCUCUAUGAAUGAACUGAAUCAAGAUUCAUUUUGGUGCUUAAAACAUAACGUUGCUUUUUUUGCAUAAAAAUAUACAACCAAAUGGUGACCAAGAAAAAAAAAAAAAAAAAAAAGAGAACAAAUGAUAUGCUUAUGUGACAUGUAUAUUUUACAAGUAGGUCUCGAUAGUAGAUGAGCAUUAUGUUCCGAUACUUUCCAGUUACUCAUGGGUGUCAUUGUACUUUUUACCCCAAGUGAAGAAAUAGAUAUGGUAUUAGGAUCUGUUAGCGGCAGUGGAAGCGUCAUGCAAGGUUGAUUGGUUGAAGUUGUGACCAAAAGGAUACCUCUAUACAUGUAAAAAUAUCGUUUGUUGCAGGUAUAUUUAGUGACAUAGAUUGCCAUUUGGUACUCUUGUUUAUCAACCACUCAUUUACCUUUGAAAGAACGUGGUAUCUUGAUUGCACAACCGUGGUGAGAGACAUGGAAUUGUGACGGAAAUGUGAAUUCAUACAGUCGACCAGUCUUCAUGUGUUUUUGUAGCAUUUUAUUUUCAAAACCUACUUUUUAUUCAAAAGCUGAAAUUGUGAAAAGCAAUUUAAUUUUACUUUCCUUUUUAUCAAAUUGUAGUACUGUGCAUGAGGAUUAACUCUGUAUGUGAAGGUUAACAAAUAAGUCAGUAAAACUGGUCUGGUGUUUAGAAUUCAUUCCCACCAAUAGAUCUGGCAAGGGAGGUAAUUAUACACCACCGAAGAUUGGAUCGAGAUUUGGAAGCGCGUGUGGAAGACACUUGGUGUCGGUAAAUCGUCUUCGACUUCAUCUGACAAGCCAGAUAAUACUUACACCAGAUGUUCAAUCGUCCUGUAUCACAGUCCGAAGAGGUGAUUUUAAUGUGACGGAUACAUCGUGCUCAUCUUACAAGAUCUUUACGUCCUUGUCUAUAGGAACUACAUGUAUUCGCCACUUCAGGACUUCCAGUGAGGGUUACACAUAGCGCUCCAUGUUUUAGACCAUUUCUCUUGUCAUUGAUUCAGCAUGUAUCACUGAGGUAAUUGGAAUAAAACUUUACAUCUCUC